CAAGCUAACGUAAAGCGUUCAUUCGGAAGAAGCAGGGCCAACAGGUAGAGCUUCUUUUUUUGUGGAACAAAAGUGAAAUGGUCGAGAGGUGAAGUUUGACGCCUAGUGGCUCGCUCGGAUACUUCCUUUCACUGUCGCCAAGAUGGAGUUGGACGGGACCGGGGCCGGAUACUCGACGACACGGAGUCGCCACGAGAAAAGCUUGGGGCUCCUCACCAUAAAGUUUCUCACUUUGCUACAAGACGCCAACGAUGGAGUCCUGGACCUGAAAGUGGCAGCAGACAGCUUGGCCGUGAAGCAGAAGCGGCGCAUAUACGACAUCACCAACGUCCUGGAAGGCGUGGGCUUGAUUGAGAAGAAAAACAAAAACAUCAUCCGCUGGAGGGGGGAGAACAAGGCAAGUGAGACCCAGCAAGUUGUGCAUCAGGUGAAGGUUCUGAAAGCCCAGAUCUCUGAGCUGGAAGCCCAAGAGAAAGAGCUGGACAGCCAGAGGACGUGGCUGGAGGAGACCACCAAGCGCUUGAAACACGAUCCCAUCAGCAGCAAUUAUAAAUUUGUGACGCAUGAGGACAUCUGCAACGCGUUCAGCGGCGACACUGUUCUGGCUGUCGUAGCUCCGUCUGGGACUCAGCUGGAGGUGUUGCCGCCACGAAAGACCGGCCAGAGGAACUACCAGGUCAGCUUGCGCAGCGAGGCAGCGCCCAUCAAGGUCUUGCUCAUCAACAGGGACUCGGACUGCACCGUGCCCGUGGUGUUCCCCGUGCCCCCCACCGACGAGCUCUACCCCAUGCUGAUUCCACCCAGCCCGUCCCGCAGCCCCGAGAAGCUCCCCUUCUUGACGUCUGCCUACUCUUCCACUUCCAGCACCGGCACCUCCUUUUGCAGCCAGGACUCCCUCAGCUCAGACCACCAGGUGGUGCUGCCAGAUCAUGAUGACGUGCUGACACCCUCAUCCUCCCCUCCAGAUGCACACAUGGGGUCUCCCAAUCAGUCAGCGUCAGUGUUGGAGGUGGAGCAGAUGGACCUGGCUAGCCCAGACUUCCAGUCUGUCGUGGAUGUGAGCAGCCUGCUGAGACACAACACCAUCGGCGAACCCUUCAAGGUGGACAGAAGCGAAGCUGUUUGCCUCAUAGAUGAGCUGAUGUCUGCUGACGGCAUGGACUACAGCUUUCAUCUGGAUGAUAACAGGGGUGUGUGUGACCUCUUCGACGUGCAGAUCGUCAACUACUAAACUCAGGGACCUCACCUUUGUUCCGCUGUGAAAGAUGAAGUAUACUUCUCAUUUUUCUUUCUCUCGCACAAUUGAUGUUGUCCAAUCGGACCCACUCAGCACGCAAGUUGUGGACUUUAACAAGGACAUUUCUAAAGUGAACGCGUCACCAUGUAAAGUUUUGAUGGUUCACAGGGUACAUGGCGACAACCUUGUGUAGUAUUUAGUUCUCGUACGGAAAGGAGAACGCAUCCCAUCUACUUACUGCAGUUCUACGUGUUACACCUCCUUCCACACGCAGCGGGAAAAACACUUCACCUGUCAGUUGCACUGGCUAACCUUCUUUUCACUUAAAAAAAAAAAAAAAAAGUGCCAGAAAAGGUGCAACACUUCCAUUUUUUUUUUUGUUUCAUCAAUUUUUUUAAAACUAAUUUAAAAGAAACAAUUGUUUUUGUUCUUGUUUGUGGACUGUGGAGAGAUGGUCCACUGCCUUAAUUGUAGUGGAAUUAGACACAUUUCUCACCAAGGGCCAGUUAAGUUGGCAAUUGCCAGACUUUUAUUACACCCGCUUAUUUACACUGUCAAUAAAUGGGUGGAAUCUCAAAUCACUUGCCUUUCAAAUGAUUUUAAAGGAUUUGUGACUGGGUUUUUUUCCAUGGAAAUUGAGCAGCUGUCGCUGUGUUGUUGUCCAAGCAGAAGCUGUAGUAAUUCUACAUUUCUUGUCUGCACCCUUAAUUACCGAGCGAUUCUGGGUGCCAACUUUACAAGCUGCAGAUUUCGUUUCAUAACACCUCAUACAUAGAAGAGAUCCGUGCUGACAAUUUAGCACCACGGUCACCAUAUUUAGCCAGAAGGAGUGCACAUUAAAAGUGAAAGUCAGGAAGUGUUUAUUGCUUCAAGUAUCCGCCGCGCAGCACCUCCGGUUGUAUGUAACUACUGGCAUGCACUGCUGUUUCAAUGUCUGUCUAAAAGCUGCAUAAACCCCUCCAUAAUGCAGCUCAAGUUUGGACACACCUCUUUGUUGCCUGGCAAAAACUCGCCUUCCUGGCAAAACCAAGACAGUAAAGUGUGGCGCAGGUGCCAUCCGUGGAACGUGGCUCAUCACCAAAAUAAAAUAAACAAAACCCAACAAAAGUGGAAAAUAAAGCAAAAAGGCAUAAUGUAACUAGAAAUUACUUUAUAUUUUUAUAUAUAUAAAUAUAAGUAUUUUAUUAUUAUAUAUUAUAACAGCGGUUUAGAAAAUGGAUGGUUUGUUUAGUUUCACAAAAUUUAUACAAUCAUCAUUUCAAAAUGCACCUGCAUUGUUUUGUGAAUCACUUCAAUAAAAAAAGUUUGUUUGUCCAGCCAUAUUUUACUAGGGUGUAUUAGGGCCACAUUAAAAACAAACAACAACAAAAAAGUUGUACAUUUACGAGAAUAAAGUUUCUUUUUUUUUUUUUUUUUUAAAUCUUGUAAUAUUACGAGAAUAACGUCGUAAAUUCCUGAGUUUAUUCUCAUAAAAUUACAACUUUAUUGUCA